AUGCUGAGAAUAGCAAUAUUUCAAACUACUCGUUUCAAUAUCAUAACCAAUGCUGUCAGGAAUCUAGCUGCUCCCGUUGGAGGCAAAGUUGUUGGGGGUAAAAUUGAUAAGAGUUUUGUAUCAGACGAAGCUGAAAAGCUAGCUACUCACGCCUGUAUCAAUUUUUAUGUUCAAGGCGAAGAACCUGGACCUCCUAUUAAGCCAGAUUCAGAAUAUCCACAAUGGUUGUUUGAGCUAGAUUUGAGUUCUCCUAAGGAGUUAGAGGAUUUGGACCAAGAAAGAGACGGAUGGUUAUAUUGGAGAGCUCUUAGGAAGAGACAAAUAUCACAAAAUAGAAGGAUAGAAAAGUUAAAAUUGAGGUUCCUCUCAUUACAGAAAGAAUCGAAAGCCAAAUAG